GUUUGUCCGUUGUGAUCCACGGUGUGGGCAGGGCCUGCUGUGAUGGGGCGGGGCGCUGGUGGAGGUGAGUUUUGGGCUGGUUCUACCUUGUCCUGAUUACACAGGAGCAGCCAUCAGGAUGCAGCCUCCUCCCAGGAAAGGAGCCCAGGCUGAUGAACUGACCAUCACUCAAGGUGAAAGACUGGAGGUCAUAGAGGAUGGAGAUGUGGAGGAGUGGGUGAAGAAGCCAUAAAAAUCAGUCCUGGUCAUGUGAUGUGCUCACAGCCUCAUGGCUUGUAUCAACACCUUGUCACAUGCUAUAUAACUAUAAGAUCCAUGUAUGCGGAGGAUUACGGCGGAUUCGAUGGAUUAUGGCGGAUGAACUGGGUUUUUUUCUUUUAAUAAAAUGAUGGAAUGGGGAAAUACAAACAGAGGACAUUACAUACACAGAAAAGUCCUUGUUGUACACUAUGGGUUGCAGUGGACGCUUCUAAGAGAACUCUGGAUGGCGGGCUGGUGCUGCAGUAGGUUAUCAUUUUGCAACUGGUCCUGCGCCACGGGCCCUUUGGCUUCUAGUAACUUCUUCCCAUGAUGAAGGAAGUCGAGUCCUUCUCCAUGGCCACACCCAGGGACAAACAAGGACAAAGACAGAAAUCUUCCUCCACGACAACUUUACUACCAAGGUACCUCCUUAAAUUUCGGGGGCCCUCAUGCGCUUCAGGAGACACUUAAGACAUACAACAUGAAACUUAAAGAGAGUUAGAUAUACAUCCUGACUGAAUAUGAAAAUACAUUUUUUUUAGCUGUCUGGCUAUAUGCAUUAAUCACGACAGUAACUUCAAGAAAUCAAGAUAAGACAAUAUAAGACAUUAGUACACUUUAAGACUAUCUAGGAUAUACAUUUUCACUGCACUAGACAACUCUGACUAAUCAAAAACAUAUUAGCCACUGUUACCAUUAAUGGCAACCAACUAGGAAGGCAUAAGAAUAUGUAUAAAGAGUUCUCAACAUAGUUGGGCACACAAGCAUUUUUGGUUACUUCUUGGGCCAAGGACAGGCACAUUUCCUGAAACCGUUGCAUAUCCUUAAAGGGGUACUUCGGUGGUUAAGAUUUUUGUCUAUACUGCAUCUUCUUUUAAUGUUCAUGUUUUUUGCAAUUGACAUGUAUUAUAUGUUUGUGUAGCAUGUGUCUUUUUUUCUUACCUGUUUGUGGGCCAGGAAGUUCUGUAGUUCUGUGUUGGAUCUCUUACUAUUGUCCACAAUGUCGGCCAUGUUAGGAUUAGGCUGUGGACAACAUGUCAGGGCUUUUUUUCUCUCUGUUCUUUCAGAUCUGCAUGAGAGAAAGAAGCCACGCCCCCGAAUCUCCCCCUCCUGGAGGACGCAGGUGUGCAUGAGAGAAAGAAGCCAGAGCAGGGGGAGAGAGGACAUACUUCUGAGGACGCAGACAAGGAUGGAAAGUCUCACUACCUUCACAAUGACUCCUCUUGUGGAACCUGGAUUGGACAGAAAUCUGACAGCUCAGUGGUGAUUGGUUCUUCCUUUGAUGGCUGCUAUGUGCGCAAGGAGAAUGGAAAUUACAUGAUGACUGUCACUCUAGAAGAAAUUCUACUUACUGGAAAACCCCAAUAUCACAAGAAGGAUCUUAUGUGCCCUAUUCUUCCUGCUCUCCCAGCUAUGGAUGCUCCUAGUGCGAGUGAGUGCGCUUCAGUUCAGCAAGCUGACCGUCUGCAGUGUGCCAAUGACUCUGUAUCCAGAGAGAUCUGUGAAGGCCUUGGAUGCUGCUUCUCUCAGGAUGUCACCCUGCGCUGCUUCUAUGGAAAGAAAUUGACUGCCUAUUGCUCUGCUGAGAACACCAUGGUGGUUGCCAUCUCAAAAGACCUGGCUGUACCAUCCCUACUCCUGGACUCUGUACGUGUAGUGGAUGUAGAUUCCAACUCCUGCCCCAACCUGAGGGUAGCAACAACUGCAUCAUUCAUUGGGUACCAGAUCCCGCUGUCCUGUGGGAGUCCCCAACAGGUGGCUGGCAUGUCUAUAGUGUACGAACACACAUUUGAGGCAACCAAAAAUAUAAGGACUUGGCCAAUGGGAUCCAUCACUAGAGACAGUACAAUAAGGGUGACUGUACGCUGCAGCUACUCCAAUUCUGGUAUUACCCCUCUGCAAGUAGAAGUUCUGACCCUUCCUCCACCUCUCCCUGUAUCUACAUCUGGACCUCUGCUCCUGGAGAUGAGAAUAGCCCGAGAUGGGCAGUAUACCACAUACUAUGCAGAUCAAGAUUAUCCUAUUGAGAGAAUAUUAAGGGAUCCUGUAGAUGUCGAAGUUCGGAUUCUGCAGAGGACUGACCCCAGCAUAAUCCUGGUCUUAAACAACUGUUGGGCCACCAAUUCUCCUGUGCCUACUGAUGCUCCCCAAUGGCCCAUCUUAUUAAACAGCUGCCCUUUUGAAGGAGACAACUAUCUUACCCAGCUGGUUCCUGUUGGCCCUUCCACACAGGCCGUGCCUUUCCCAACACACUACAAGCGCUUCAUUGUUAGCACCUUCACCUUUGUGGAUUCUAGCACCCAGACUGCUCUUAAUGGAUUGGUGUACUUCCACUGCAGCGCUUCUGUAUGUGUCCCAUCUGCCACGGAGUCAUGUUCUGUGAACUGCACCCCAAGGAAUAGGAGAGCAGCUAAAUCAUGGGAACCAGAGGAUGCUCCUACCACAGUCACUUCUCAUGGUCCAGUUAUGUUUUAUUCUGAAGCGAUGGAAGCAGAUAAGGUUCUUCAUGAAGAGGAAGGUCCCCUUGGUUCUGAUCUUGCCCUGAUUUGGCUACAAGGAGCAGCAAGUGUUGGCUUCGUCUUGAUGAUGUCACUUCUUGGUAUCUACUUGUACAGCAGACAAAAGAAAUGCGCAGUGUCCAGUGUGAAUGCUUGAAUAAAGCUUUCUUA